CUGGGCUGAACCACUGUGGGGACGGAGCCACGUCAGCACCCGGUCCCCGCCAGGCCGUGCUGCGGAAUGGGGACGGCAACGGCCUUGGGAGCAGAGCUGGGAGCAGAGCUGGCCGUGCGUGUCCUGCUCUUUGUGGCCUUCCUGGUGACCGAGCUACUCCCUCCCUUCCACCGGCGGAUCCAGCCCGAGGAGUUGUGGCUCUACCGGAACCCGUACGUGGAGGCGGAAUACUUCCCCACAGGCCCCAUGUUUACCAUUGCAUUUCUCACUCCAUUGUCCCUGAUCUUCCUGGUCAAGUUUCUGAAGAAAGCUGACACCACCGACAGCAAGCAAGCCUGCCUCGCUGCUAGCCUUGCCCUAGCUCUGAAUGGUGUCUUUACCAACACAAUAAAACUGAUAGUGGGGAGGCCACGCCCAGAUUUCUUCUACCGGUGCUUCCCCGAUGGGCUGGCCCAUUCUGACCUGGCCUGCACAGGGGACGAGGAUGUGGUAAAUGAGGGCCGGAAGAGCUUCCCCAGUGGACACUCUUCCUUUGCAUUUGCUGGUCUGGCCUUUGCUUCCUUCUACCUGGCAGGGAAGCUACACUGCUUUACACCAGAAGGUCGAGGGAAGUCCUGGAGGCUCUGCGCCUUCCUUUCGCCUCUACUCCUCGCAGCUGUGAUUGCGCUGUCCCGCACGUGUGACUACAAGCACCACUGGCAAGACCUAUUUCUCUCUUCAGACGUACUAGUUGGGUCCAUGAUUGGAAUAACAUUUGCCUACCUCUGCUACAGACAGUACUAUCCUUCUCUGACUGAUGUAGAAUGCCACAAACCAUUUCAGGACAAGCACAAACUCCCCUCUUCACAGAAGAAGCCCAGUGACUCUCACCGCCUGGAUAUCUAGCUGAACCUACUACCUCAGUGGAGAGCAAACAAAUCAGUUCUCCUACCAAGCCAAGAAUUUCUGGCUCUUACCUCUUCCAAGGUAAAAGUGAGGGCAUGGCCACACGGUAUACCUGCUUCCACAGGACUGUGCACUUUGCCCCACUUCCAAGGCUAGACCCUAAGGAUUCCCUGCCUGGCGCCUGUUCUGGCAAGGGGCUUUUUCAGGAGUUCUCUCUCUCUGGGUUAAUGAAGCUGGGCCAUAAGAUUGGUGUUCCAAGAUCUAGGGUCUUUACAUUUAUGUAACUGUCACUCAAGAGAGCUUUUUACAAAGGAGACUUUAUUGCCAAACUUAAUCUCUGUCCCUUAUAAAUAAGGGCAGUGCCAGUUAAACAUGUUUACUUUUUUGUGGUCACAAUCCAUUAAGCCUUAAAUAAUAAAACCGCCAAUUUUAGCCAGUUUUUACUUCAUCAGGAAAGAAACUUUACAUGUGUUAUCUGGAAGAUAAAUGCAUCUUUCUCUGCCUUUUGUUCAAAAGAAAUACAUGAAACAACUAUAGGCUAGCAUCACUGAGGACCACCUAAUAGCUACCUUUUUUGUUAUAUUUUAAAUAAAAUUUUGUCUUAUGUA